GAAUUAAUAUAAGUUUUGUGCAUUAAUUAUAGGCUGGUGAUCGAUCUUACCUCAUUCGUCAUACGGGCAAUUUAGUGUGAUACCAUCCACUUUACCAGCCGUAUCUCGUCGAAGCGGGCUUGUCUAGUGUUCUGCCACUAGCCUCUCUUACCGGUGAUCCGGGUUUGAUUACUGCGCUCGUAGAGCGUUGGCGACCCGAGACAUCGACCUUCCACAUGUCGUUCGGUGAGGUGACGAUCAUCCUAGAGGACGUUGCGACACUGACCGGUCUAGCGAUCGACGGUGAAACCGACGUAGUAGACAUACCAGACGAGGACUGGUCAGCUAUGUGUCUUCGACUGUUAGGAUGGGCUCCUACUGAUCUUGGCGGCGACGUCAUCCGGAUUGCUUGGCUCAGGGAGACUUUCGAUGAGCUACCGCUUUCUGCAUCACCCCAGACGACAGAGAAGUUUGCAAGAGCGUAUGCGCUGUCUCUGAUGGGAGGUGUCUUGUUCUCCGAUCGGUCUGGAGGUUCAGUUCACCUGCAGUACCUACUUUUGGUGGAGGAUUGGCGCAAAGCGGGGAGGUUUGCUUGGGGAGCAGCUGUGCUAUCCUACUUGUACCGUGAGAUGGGUAGAUUUGCGCUGCAAAUGACAGCAUCUUCUUCACUAGGUGGUGACUUUGGUGGAUGGUCCGCCUUGCUGAUGAUUUGGACGUGGGAGCGGUUUCCUCAUACAUCACCACUACAUGCAGAGACGGGUGCGCAGAUUACUAUGGACGCGGUGCCACGUGGCCUUCGAUGGCUUCCGGCCCACACCCGGCAGCAUGGAGAUCAGUUCUACCUGUACAAGCUGUGGUUUGACGAGUAAACGACAUUCAUGGUUAAUAUAUAACAUUUCGUUUU